UUUUGGCAACCAAUUCCCUCAUUCGACAUAAACAGCAUUUUGACAACGAUAUGUCUGAUCACGCACAGAAUCUAAAUGACCCCGCGGUAGAGACUCAUUUGGAGUCACCUCUCGAGGAUAAUGAUGGUACAUCGUCGGGUAUUCUGCUCGAGAAGGCUGACUAUGAGCAUUCGUCACCCGAAGUCUCAUCACUUAACUCGUCAACAAUCCUUGAUCAUCCUGACGAUGUCAAGUCAGCAGCCAAACAACCCACUAAUACCACCACCGCUAAAAAGAAACCUGCUGCGGCCUCUGUUGCGCGUCCUGUUACCUCGACUGUCCCCACAUCAGCAGCACCAAAAACAUCUUCAGAAGUCUCGACAGCUGUCGUGGAUUUGAACCAGACCAUGCCCUGGAAACUCUUCUAUCCGAUUGCGAGCAGAGAGACCAUCAUUGCGUUAUGUAAAGCGACAGCGAUUAAUUUCAUUCUUCCGUUUAUCAAUGGCGUCUUUUUGGGCUUUGGCGAGAUUUGUGCACACGAGUUGGCAUAUCGUUGGGGAUGGACCAAUUCGACACAUAUUGUGAGUGUUCCUGGAAGAAGACCAGUCAAUUCGGGAAAUGUAGGCAUCCGUGCUGCGGGGAGCGCCUCCUCUACUGGCGCAGGAUCUGUUGGUGCAGUAUCUGGGACCAGAAGUUCAUCUGGCUUCGCAGGCAGUCGGUCAGGUAUUGGGGGAUUGGAGUUUGAUGAAGAUGCGUUCUCGACAGCGUCAUUAAGAGAGGAUUGAGUCUGUUUGGUUUCUAAGAGUAAAAAGGAGCCAAAUGUGCAGAGAGAAAGCAGAAUGAAUGUACAUGUAGAUAGAACAUCAUGUAAUGCAGUAAAUGAUCACAAAUCAACUGGAU